UGAAAAUACAGAGAAAAGUUCAUUAAUAGUGUUAUGUUUAUGACAUGUUUUGCGUGUAAUUUGUUUUGGUUAAUCAUUACAGCGCGACUGCGACUACAUCUCCGUAACUAUAGAGUUAUGAGUUUAAAAAACAUAUAUUUUGGUUUAUUUCCAAGCUUAAGAUUCGGUAUAAUAAGAUGUUUCCCAUAGCUGUUGGGCAAACAAGUGAGCACAAAAAACAUGCAUACUUUUACAAGACACAGCUACAUAAUGAAGGGACAUGGACAUGCCUCAGCGCUCUUCAUCGCCUCAUAUAACAAUACAACUUUGCACUGGAAUGAUGAAGGGAAUGAAACAACAUUGACCAGAGAGGCCCCCAAUCAUUCUGCAUCACGGAGAUAUCACAUUGGCUACUCUGACUAAGUUCCUGCUUCAUUUGUUUGUUCCGGUGUGUGUUCCGUGUAGAAGUCAUGAAGACCCCAUUUUGGACCCUGCUGCUCUUAUGCUUGUGCUCCUCGGGUCACAGCGACUGCCAAGGGGACUGUUUAACCUGUGGACUCAUCCUACCUGAACACCAAGCGUUUAACACAUUGAUAUGUAUCCUGGAAUGUGAAGCACAGGCAUCUCCUGCAUUGAUCUGGGAUUUGUGUUACCAGGCAGCAGGUCUGAACCAGCUUCCACUACCAUUACAGGAGGAGAAAACAUCAAAGCUCUCUGAUGAUGAAGCGGAGCCUCUGGCCACAGUGAGCAUAGAAAAUGACAAUGGUGUUGAGUAUACUGAGGCUUUGGAGCGGUUUCGACAUGCUGCGCAAGCGCUCCGCAACCAGCAGCCUUCAGGGGAGGAGGAGAAACUGGAAAUUUCAUACGACCCGAACCUUGACCCGAGGACAGAAGAGGACCAGGAUGGUGUAGGAGAAGAGAAGAGCGGUGAAGCAGCCGUAAGCAUAUCCAAGCGAUUUGGAGGCUUUAUGAAAGGUCGUCACGGUUUCCGGAAGUUGGUGAGCUCUGGAAGGCCUUUGCAGAAACGCUACGGUGGCUUCAUAGGGAUAAGGAAAUCUGCCCGCAAGUGGAACAACCAGAAGCGUGUGAGUCAGCUACUGAGGCAGUACCUGAGCUUGACGGGUCGCUCGGGGCGUUCAGGUCACAUCAGCAACCUCUCCACCAGAAUCCGAAGACAGAAUGAAGCUUAGCUGGCCUUAGAGCACAGGCCCUGGUCUUUUCACUUACCUCAGCUCAACUGCUCAUCAGCCAUCAGUAACUGUGAACAUCUAUCAUGCACCAGAGCCCAGAACUAGCUAAAUCUGUGUUUAAU